ACACAUGCGUCUUCGAGUAGUCUGGAUAUUUGAUUAGUAGAUUCCUUUGCUUACAGUGGCGCCAUUUUGUAGUGCUGAAGCUACAAGGCUACGUGGACUGCAGCCUCUCCCAAAGUCUGGUUCCUCUUUUUGGAGAAGUGUCAAGUGUUUUUGUUUGAGGAGAUGACACCUGAAAUAGGUUGGAGAAAGAUUUAAAGGGCAAGGCUGAUUGCUGUUCAUAAUUCAGGUCUCUGGAGGUGGCUCUGGUCACUGCAGGGCCACCAGGGUGUUGGCUUGCUGGCUUCGUCUUCCCCUUGCCUGGUCUCAUUCUCUCAGCUCUUCCAAAGCCAUGUCCAGGCCCUCUAUCAUCACCUUCACCCCAGCCACUGACCCCAACGACCUCUGGAAAGAUGGGCAGCAGCAGUCACAGCCUGAAGAGCUGGCGCCUACACUGGAUGGGGCUGCAGCCCGGGCUUUCUAUGAGGCCUUGAUUGGAGAUGAGAGCAGUGCCCCUGAACCUCAGAGAUCGCAACCUGAGCCUGCCAGUGACAGAAAGGGGAAGAAGAGAAGAAUGAUGAGAGAGACUGCAGCAGGAUCAUCAGAAGGACAUGGACAAAGGAGAUCCCUUGAGGCAGAGGACAAGAUGACUCACUGGAUACUGAGGGCAGCCCAGGAGGGGGACUUGGCAGAACUAAAAAGGCUGUUGGAUCCCUAUGAGGCAGGGGGAGCUGGGGGGAAUAUCAAUGCUCGGGAUGCCUUCUGGUGGACCCCCCUAAUGUGUGCUGCCCGAGCAGGCCAGGUGGCAGCUGUGCGCUAUCUCCUGGGCCGGGGUGCUGCCUGGGUUGGGGUCUGUGAGCUAGGCGGCAGGGAUGCUGCUCAGCUGGCUGAAGAAGCAGGCUUUCCUGAGGUGGCCCGCAUGGUCAGAGAGAGCCAUGGAGAGAAGAGGAGUCCAGAGAACCGGUCCCAGUCCCCUUCCCCCCAGUACUGUGAGACCUGUGAUGCCCACUUCCAAGACUCUAACCACCGAACAUCUACUGCUCACCUGCUGUCACUGUCCCGGGAUCUCCAGACCCCCAAUCUUCACCUUGGGGUGCCCAUCUCCAGCCCAGGCUUCAAGCUGCUGCUGAAGGGGGGCUGGGAACCUGGAAUGGGGCUGGGACCCCGGGGCAAGGGCCGCAUCAUCCCCAUCCCCACCAUCCUCAAGAGAGACCAGGAAGGAUUAGGAUACAGAUCAGCACCCCAGCCCCGAGUCACACACUUUCUGGCUCGGGAUACACGGGCAGUGGCUGGGAGGGAGAGAGCCCUACAGGUCACCACAUUGCGCAGAAGGGAGGAGGAAAGGCAAAAGGAGAAGGACAAAGCCUGGGAGCGGGAUCUGAGGAUGUACAUGAACCUUGAGUGACCUUGGAAAGGUCUGACCCUGGUCUGCUGAAGUCAGAGCUGGGCUCUUUGGCUUCUACUUCCUGGGGUCUGCCCAGGUUUCAGACACUCAGAUUUUGGUCAUUAGGCCCUCCCCUUGAGAGGGGGACUGAGAGUUGAGAAAUAAAUCAACCUC